ACAGACAGACAGACAGACAGACAGACAGACAGACAGACAGACAGACACGCCCGCGCGACAUCCGCCGUGACGUUACGCUCGCGCUGUCUGAAGGCUUUCAGUCUGUGCGCGUGUUGUUGACGGUCAGACAGAGAGAGACAGCGGACCAGGAGCGAUCGUCCUGAGGAAGCUCAUCAGAUCAUUAAUUCUGUCACCAUCAUGCAUGAAGCUGGACGUAAAAGGAUUUGCAACCUUUAACACUGUGAGGAAAGAAAGACCAACUCAGAAGUGUCCUGUUUGAAAUAUUUUCAACCCAAGAAAGACCAAUCAUCUGUGUACAGACAUGGCCAGCCCUCAGACGAGUCUGAAAACCGCUUUCAAAGACCUGACGUCGUUCAAAGGCAACAUGAAGCGGCUGUACAGGGAGCGACUGGAGGAUGCACCAAUCAAAAAGCGGGUAAUGGCGGAGAUGCACCUGAAACGACACAGUCUGGAGAGCGUCCCCAAGCCCCCGAAGGUCAAGAAGGAGCGCGAGGAACAUGGCAGCUCAGAAAUGGACAUUGAGGAAAGAGAAUUUCACAUUGUGGGGGCUUCCAAGGCUUUAGAUCUCAGCGCGGGCCUCAAGCACACUCUAGCACAGUUCACGCUGAGCAGCCAGAGCUCACUGGGAGGUCCUGCUGCCUUCUCAGCAAAAUCUGCGCAGGACUGCGCCUCUCCUGCUGGCAUGGCUCCCCUACCGUCUCCCCCAGUCCUUGGAGGCGGCCCGCUCUUGGUUCCCUGCGACAGCUCCACAGAGCUCACCCAUUCUCUGCUUGAAGGAGAGUCCAUCUCCUGCUUUGUUGUAGGUGGCGAGAAGCGUCUUUGUCUGCCACAGGUACUCAAUUCAGUGCUGCGAGAUUUCUCUCUGCAGCAGAUCAAUGCUGUCUGUGACGAACUUUAUGUUUACUGUUCCCGAUGCGAUGCCGAGCAGCUGCACAUCCUCAAGGUGCUGGGCAUCCUGCCUUUCAACGCACCUUCCUGUGGCCUGAUCACCCUAACUGAUGCCCAACGCCUCUGCAAUGCCCUGCUCCGCCCGGGCGCCAUCCUCUCGGCCGACCCCAACAGCAAACUGCCAGGCCAAGGCCUGCUGAAG